AUGAUUUGGUUUGUGGCUCUUCUUUCCAGCUUUGGGCUGAUUUGUGCUGAAACACCUUUCAACCACAAUCUGCUCAAUAACAGGGUCAUAGGAGGCAGUGAUGCCAAACCAAACACCUGGAAAUGGCAGGUUUCCCUGCAGUUUGAUUCAUAUUACGACGGCUCUUUCUAUCACAUCUGUGGAGGAACCGUUGUUGACAGUUUCUACAUCAUGACUGCAGCUCACUGUAUCCUCAGCAUGGAGGCCAGUCAGUACCGCACGGUGGUGGGUGAGUACAACCUGUUUGAAAAUGACAACAGUGAGCAGUUCAUCCCUGUGGAGAAGAUUAUAGUUCACCCUGAAUGGGUUGGAGAUCUUGGCAAAGGGAAUGAUAUCGCUCUUUUGAAACUGGCCACUCCGAUCUAUGCCAAUGGUUACGUGGAAAUUGCUAACCUUCCCUACCCUGGCCAGAUGCUGCCUCAUGGUUUCACCUGUUACAUCACAGGCUGGGGGUCAAUGGACCACGUUGGAACCACCCCAGACAAACUACAAGUGGCUCCCAUAAAUGUGGUGGAGCACGCCAUCUGCUCCACACAUGAGUGGUGGGGCAGCCUUGCUCUGAGGACGAUGCUGUGCGCCGGAGGGGAUGGAAUCAUAUCCGGCUGCCAUGGCGACUCUGGAGGUCCCCUGAACUGCCUGACUGAUGGAGCCUGGAGAGUCCACGGUGUCGUCAGCUACGGACCAGCCGGCAUGUGCAACCAAGUGUCUAAACCCACAGUUUUCACCAGAGUUUCAUCCUUCAUUGACUGGAUGUACUCUGUUACGGGAGGAAAUCUUUAGACAGCAGAGUAUUAACAUUC